AUGCUGUCUGAGAGGUUGCAAGGAUCGCUCCCCAGAACAACAGAGUCAAACCUAAGAGAGCAUUACAAGGCUAUCACCUUGCGAUCAGGUAAGCAAUUAUCUAGCUCUCUAGCAUUAGCUGGUGAUGAUGAUGUUUCCAUGCAGGAUAAGCCAGCUAGGAAGGAGCCAGAGCUUGAGAUAAUGGAAGAAGAGAAGGUGGAAGGCAAUCAGAAGAGCCCUGUGAGAGAGUACCAGUGCCCUACCCUGCUCGACUUAAGCAAGAGAAGGUUGAUAAGCAGUCUGGAAAUCUUGAGUGACAAAAGGAAGCUGGAGGAUUUAGGACUAGUGAUUCUAAACGAGGAGUGUUCGGCUAUUCUUCAGAACAAGUUGUCACUCAAAAGGAGAGAUCGGGGGAGUUUUAUUAUUCCCUGCAUCAUUGGCGAUUUGUCUAUUAGUGGUGCAUUAGCUGAUUUAGGAGCUAGUAUAAAUUUGAUGCCCACUACUCUGUUUGAUAAGUAA